GCAUUUGUUGCGUCUAUAUUUAGCCCUUAAACAUGUACAUGUAGUUUUUGGACCUUUCUAAAUAUUUUUAUUUAAAGAGUUAGUAAAGCACAAAACAUAAUUAUGCUUUUUCUUGUUUUGUUUUUUUUUUUUCCAGCUGCGACGGGAGCUGGAUUUAUUGCAAGGGACAUCACAUUCGAAAAUUGGGCCGGUCCAGCAAAGCACCAAGCCGUGGCUCUCCGCAUUGGAGCUGAUCACGCGGUGAUCUACCGAUGCAAUAUAAUCGGUUACCAAGACACACUUUACGUCCAUUCAAACCGCCAAUUCUUUCGUGAAUGCGAUAUCUACGGUACUGUCGAUUUUAUCUUCGGGAAUGCAGCUGUGGUGCUUCAAAACUGUAGCAUCUACGCACGUAAACCCAUGGAUCUUCAGAAAAACACAAUCACGGCUCAAAACAGAAAAGACCCGAACCAAAACACGGGAAUAUCGAUACAUGCGUCAAGGGUUUUAGCCACAUCCGAUCUCCAAACGACAAACGGUAGUAUCCAAACAUUUCUAGGCCGACCGUGGAAGCUAUUCUCUAGGACGGUGUAUAUGAUGUCGUAUAUCGGUGGUCAUGUACACACGAGAGGUUGGCUCGAGUGGAACACAACAUUUGCUUUAGAUACGUUAUACUACGGAGAGUAUAUGAACAGUGGACCGGGGUCAGGUCUCGGGCAACGAGUGAAGUGGCCUGGGUAUCGAGUCAUCAAUUCAACUGCCGAGGCAAACCGGUUCACGGUGGCAGAAUUUAUAUACGGUUCGUCGUGGUUGCCUUCGACCGGAGUUUCGUUCUUGGCCGGAUUAAACAUAUAGAUAGAGAAAACUGAAAUGCUUAUGUUUUUUCCGAUGAAUUGUUUCAUUCUUACUGGUCCUUAUAUUAAUGGACAUAUAUCAUUAAUCCUAUAAAUAUAUAUAUAUUUUAACUUUUAAUUGUAUUUUCUCAAGAGGUAUUAUUCAAUAAGAUCGUCUCGAGGGUAAUUCCAUUA